ACCUUCUCUUUAAAACCAAUUAAAGAGACGCAUCUUCAAAGCAAAUGACCAACAGCUUACCAAAAAAAAGCAAAUGACCAACAAGCGACUUCACCAUCCAUCUCUUACAACCCUCCAAGAACCCUGGUUAUUUUCCUUCACUUUCUAGGCAAAACAAAAACCAUCUUCUAGAGAAAAUAACCAACAUGGGAGAGACAGAAACCAUGGCAACAAACUAACUAAACCAUAUAUAUUAUCUAUACUAAUAUAUAUUAUCGUCCAAUGGGUAGCGGAGACAAAGUCAUGAGCCACUGGAGCUUCCACAUCCCACGUCUCCAUCAUCAUGAACAUGAUCAUGAAAAGGUACCAAAAGGGUGUUUGGCAGUGAAGGUAGGACAAGGAGAAGAGCAAGAGAGAUUUGUGAUUCCUGUUAUGUACUUUAAUCAUCCUUUGUUUGUGCAACUCUUAAAGGAAGCUGAAGAAGAGUUUGGUUUUUCUCAAAAAGGGACAAUCACGAUCCCUUGUCACGUUGAGGAGUUUAGGUACGUUCGAGGAUUGAUUGAUCGAGAAAACACUAGAUUUCUCGGUAAUAAUCUCCUUGAUCAUCACCAUCAUCAUCACAACCAUCUCAUCCGGUGUUUUAGGGUUUGAUACAUAUAUAUUGUUCUGGCUGUUUUUUUAAUAGAUAUUAUACUUAUCUCAUGUGCUGACUGUAGGUAAAUCUUGGUCUUCAUUUCAUCUUUACCUUAUUGUGUGGCUUGUUGUAGUUGUUGUUGUUGUUGUUCAUAUCUAUAUGUCUCAUGAUGAGUAAUUGUACGCUUAUGUGCCAGAUCGAUCAUGAAAAUUUGAAAAUUAUCAUUUUGUGAUAAUAAUAAAAUAAUUUUUAUGUUGAA